CUACAACAGGAGCAGCAGGGCGGAAAGCGCUGAUUUGUGUACCUGCUGCCAGCGGUCCUCAUCAGUGAUAGAAAGUCGAGCUUGUCACCACGGCUAACAGCCUGCACUCCUGAGCUAAACUUGAAUUACAUUGGGUCCAGAACAGCAAACCUACUACUAGGGCAGUCUUCUUGUUGCUCGGGAAAUCUGAGCUUCUGGUCAGAACUAACUGGUACCCAAGUACUGCCUAGUUAGGACCCUGACAGUUAUGUUUGUGACCACCAUUCGGGGCUACCACUGGGGCUAAAAGGAAAACCUUUUGGGGGUCAGACGUAACUUACUGCCUCUGAAGGCUGGCUAGCCUCUGACGGUAUCCCUGAACAUUAAUAAAUACAAACGUGUGUCCACCACUGAGCAGCUUGGAAUCAACGUCAAGUGGGUGGACUGGCCAGAAGUGAUCGGAAAGAGUCCAUAAUUACCAGACAACCCCGAACAGACUGGGAGAAUACAAUGCGCAUUGCAAUUCCCCUGUGAACUAUCUAUCAAACCUCUUUGAAAACUUUGUUCAAGGUCUUGCAAAUAAAAAAGUAAGACUAGGAGGUGAGAAGUAGCUACAUCUAUAUUUAAACAGUAAGCCUAACUAGACCCCUGGAAUUGUCUGCAGGAUUUGUAAGCAAAACUACCACCCAAUUGACAGUACCGAAACCUUUGCUUUUAUCUGCAACUCUUGGCAAUAGAAAAAAAAAAAAAAAACAUCUGCAAUCUUAUUAAACGGUCGCGAAAUUGUACCUGGUAUACUCUGAUCCAGAAGUUUAAAUGACUCGUCUGCCACUCAUUGAACCAAGGAGUUAAUUCACUGGAAAAGGCGUGCACCGGUUUGGGACAGGAUCCGAUUUCUGAUAAGGCAAGCAUCAGGAUGAGAAUGACUGGAGCAUUACAUUCAGUGCUUUUACUGCAGGUGUUUGUUAUGUGCAUCUGCCCCAUUUGGGGAAUUCUGGGAUUGUCUCAGGACCAGUACUGUGAGAUUCUCACCAGUGGCAUCAACUUUACAGAUCGUCAAGAGUUGUUUGUACUUCAGAACUCAUCAACUGUUUCAGAUGAAAAAGAUCACAACGUUACUAUUAAUGGUUCAUAUUGCAAUGCAUCAAUGGAUCUUAUUGGAACGUGCUGGCCUCGAAGCCCAGCUGGGCAGCUCAUUUCUCUUUCGUGUCCAGAAUACUUUCAAGGCGUGAGAUACAAUACCACAAGCAGUGUAUACAGAGAAUGCUACUCGAAUGGCACAUGGGCCUCAAGAAUUAAUUAUUCUCAUUGUCAGGCAAUACUAAAUGAAGAGAAAAAGAGCAAGCUUCAUUACCAAAAUGCACUUAUUAUCAAUUAUCUUGGACAUGGUAUCUCCUUGGGGGCAUUACUUAUCGCUUUUGUCCUCUUCAAGCGUUUAAGAAGUAUCAGGUGUCUCCGAAAUAUCAUUCACUGGAAUCUCAUUUCUGCCUUCAUCUUGAGAAAUGCAACUUGGUUUUUGUUACAGCUCACCAUGAGCCAUGAAGUCCAAGAAAGUAAUGUGAUUUGGUGUCGGCUUGUAACUGCAGCAUACAAUUACUUUCAUGUGACUAAUUUCUUUUGGAUGUUUGGAGAGGGAUGUUACCUUCACACUGCUAUUGUCCUAACUUAUUCUACUGACAAGCUCAGGAAAUGGAUGUUCAUCUGUAUCGGCUGGUGUAUACCUUUCCCUAUCAUUGUUGCCUGGGCAAUAGGAAAGCUGUACUAUGAAAAUGAAAAAUGCUGGUUUGGACACAAGCCUGGUGUACAUACAGAUUACAUCUACCAAGGGCCUAUGAUCCUUGUUCUGCUGAUCAAUUUUAUCUUUCUGUUUAAUAUUGUAAGAAUUCUGAUGACAAAACUCAGAGCCUCGACUACAUCAGAAACAAUACAGUACAGGAAAGCGGUGAAGGCAAUUCUGGUAUUACUACCACUCCUGGGGAUAACGUACAUGCUGUUCUUUGUGAAUCCAGGGGAAGAUGAAAUUUCACAUAUGAUAUUCAUCUACUUCAACUCAUUUCUGGAAUCCUUUCAGGGAUUUUUUGUGUCUGUAUUUUACUGCUUCUUAAACAGUGAGGUUCAGUCUGCUGUCAGAAAACGGUGGCACCGUUGGCAGGACAAGCACUCUAUUCAAGCCCGAGUUGCCAGAGCAAUGUCAAUUCCAACAUCUCCCACAAGAGUCAGUUUUCAUAGCAUCAAACAGUCAUCUGCUGCCUGAGAUUUCCUACAGUGAUGUUGUGCAAGGCUGCUGCUAGCCCAGCCAGCCACAUUUAAGCAGUAAACAUUUCACGGAGCAAACAGGGUAUACUGAAAUGACACGGGGACAUGGAUAGACAGGACCUGUUCAGAAGAAGGUCAUUUCAUUCCAUAUGUUUUUUAAGACUCAAUAUUUCUACUGCACUUCUAUGCAGGUUGCCAACAACCCUCCCCCCCACUCACACAAAUCUGAAUCUAUCUGGCCUGUGUAAUUUGUAUAAUAAUUAAAAAAAAAAAAACAGUUAAUUCAUGUUCCAGGUUUUUAUUAAUCAAGAGGUUGCUUAAAAAUAAA